UCUCUGGGGAGAGAGAGGAGGAGACCACGGCCUCUAAAAUGAGUCUCUCUGGGGAGAGAGAGGAGGGGACCACUGACUCUAAAAUGACUCAAGACACCAGUUCUAAGUGUGUCCAGAAGCCCAGAGCAGAGUCCCCUACAACCAGCCUGCUAUCAAUGAAGAGUGAUCAGCCACCUGCUUUCAGCCAGGAACCAUUACCAGAUGACAAUAAGGAAGUGGAGAGUUUGGACAGUGAGGAUGUAUUAAAUAUCACACACAACCUUCUGGACAGAAGAAGUCAAACUCUGCUGACAGUCCAACAAGACGUUAAGGCUAAACUGAAACACAAGUAUCAACACAUUGGAAUUGGACACCAUGGAAAUCAAAGUUUGUUCAAGGACAUCUACACAGAGCUCUACAUCACAGAGGGUGGAAGUGGAGGGCUCAAUAAUGAACAUGAGGUUAGACAGAUAGAGAUGUCAUCCAAGAAACUAACCACACAAGAGACACAAAUCAAAUGCAACGACAUCUUCAAGCCUUUACCUGGACAAGACAAACCAAUCAGAACUGUACUGACCAAAGGAAUCGCUGGCAUUGGAAAAACAUUCUCUGUGCAGAAGGUCAUCCUUGACUGGGCAGAGGGAAAAGCAAAUCAGGACGUUCAUUUCAUGUUUCCUCUUCCUUUCCGUGAUCUGAACCUGAAAAAGGACCAAUACAGUCUGAUGCAACUUCUUUCCCACUACUUCUCAGAGCUGAAAGAGAUUGACAGCAUUGAAGAUGGUGAAACCAAAACUGUUUUCAUUUUUGAUGGUCUGGAUGAGUGUCGACUUCCUCUAGACUUCAAAAACAAUGAGAAAUGCUGUGAUGUCACGGAGCCAACCUCAGUGGACGUGCUGCUGACAAAUCUCAUCAAGGGGAAUCUGCUUCCCUCUGCUCUCAUCUGGAUAACCUCAAGGCCUGCAGCAGCCAAUCAGAUCCCUCCUGAGUGUGUUGACCAGAUGACAGAGGUACGAGGGUUCAAUGAUCCACAGAAGGAGGAGUAUUUCAGGAAGAAAAUCACAGAUCAGAAUCUGGCCAAUGAAAUCAUCAAACACAUGAAGACAUCAAGGAGCCUCCACAUCAUGUGCCACAUGCCAGUCUUCUGUUGGAUAUCAGCCACUGUCCUUGAGAUGAUGCUGAAAGAGGCAGAGAAGGAUGAAGUCCCCAAAACUCUGACCCAGAUGUACUCACACUUCAUGAUCCAAAUCAUUGUGGAGAACAGGAAGUACAACAAAGCCACAGAGACAAACCCAAAGGAACUGUCUCAGUCAGACAAAGAGAUGAUCCUGAAACUGGCAAAGCUGGCUUUCCAACAGCUGCAGAAGGGCAACCUGAUCUUCUAUGAGGAGGACCUGAGAGAGUGUGGCCUUGAUGUCACAGAGGCAUCAGAGUACUCAGCAUUGUGUACAGAGAUCUUUAAAGAAGAAUCUGGGCUGUACCAAGACAAGGUCUACAGCUUUGUGCAUCUGAGCAUUCAAGAGUUUCUAGCAGCAGUGCAUGCUUUAGAAACAUGUCUGUGCAAGAAGGAAAAUGUUUUCUCCCCCAAAGCAGUCACUAAGGGUCAAGAUUAUUAUGAAAACAGCCGAUUCAAAUUCUGGUCGUGCAAGUUGAAGCCUGACAAGUUGACGUCAAUCGAUGAUAAUGAUUCCGAUGAUGAUGAUUCCGAUGAAGACAAAAAGGAUGACAAUGAUAAAGAGGAGUCAAUCCAGUUGUCUGACUUACACAGGAGAGCAGUGGACCAGGCCUUGAAGAGUGAGAUUGGACACCUGGACCUGUUCCUCUGCUUCCUUCUGGGUCUCUCACUGGCGUCCAAUCAGAAUCUGUUACGAGGCCUUCUGACACAGACAGGAUGUACCACACAGACCAAUGAGGAAACAGUUGAGAGAACAGUCAAGUACCUUACAGACAACAUCAAGGAGGAAUCCUCACCAGAAAGGAUCAUCAACUUGUUCCACUGUCUGAAUGAACUUGGUGCCAACUCUCUUGUUGAAGACAUGCAGACCUCCCUGCAUUCAGGAACUCUUUCAAAAACAAGACUAAAACCUGACCAAUGUUCAGCCCUGGCCUACCUGUUACUGAUGUCAGAGGAGGUGCUGGAGGAGUUUGACCUGAAAACAUACAACACAUCAGAGAAAGGUUAUCAGAGGUUGCUGUCGGUAGUGAGAACCUGCAAGAGAGCACUACUGGAAAGCUGUAAACUCACAUAUAAAUCCUGUGAGACUCUGACCUCAGCUCUGCAGACACCAAACUCCCCCCUGAGAGAACUGGACCUCAGCUACAAUGCCCUGGGAGACAGAGGAGUGGAGCUGCUCUGUGUUGGACUAACCAGUCCACUCUGCAACAUAAAGACACUAGUUCUAGGUCAGUGUGGUCUGACAGAGGGUUGCUGUUCAGAUCUGGCCUCAGUCCUGAGUUCACCCAACUCACAACUGAAACAACUGGAGCUGAGAGACAAUGACCUGCAGGACUCAGGAGUUACACUGCUGUCUGCUGGACUGGUGGAUCCAGACUGUAAACUACACACACUGGGGCUGUCUGGCUGUCUGGUCACAGAGGAGGGCUGUGCUGCUCUGUCUUCAGCUCUGAGGUCAAACCCCUCCCACCUGAAAGAGCUGGACCUGAGCUACAAUCACCCAGGAGACUCUGCAGGGGGACUGCUUUCAACUGCUCUGGUGGAUCCCACAUAUAAACUGAUGAAGCUGAAUGUGGAUCAUGUUGGAGAGUGCAGGCUGAAAUCAGGGCUGAGGAAAUAUGCCUGUCAUCUCACCCUGGACCCAGAUACAGCACACCCACACCUGAGACUGUCUGAGGGGAACAGGAAGGUGACACGGGUGUUGAAGGAGCAGCAUUAUGAAGACCAUCCAGACAGAUUUGAUUGUCAUUGCCAAGUUGUAUGCAGUGAAGUCAUUUCUGGAUGUCGUUAUUACUGGGAGGUGGACAGGGAUGGUGACAUGGCUGACAUUGGUGUGGUGUACAAAGGAAUGAAGAGGAAGGGACGGGAGGAUGACAGUUGGAUUGGACUCAAUAGGAAGUCCUGGUGUUUAUACUGCUAUGAUAGUGCUUAUGAAUUUAUCCAUGCUGGAGUCAGCAGAUCCAUCUCUGGUCGUUAUUCUCACAGAGUUGGAGUAUAUCUGGACUGGCCAGCUGGUACUUUGUCCUUCUAUAGUGUGUCCUCCUCUGGUACACUGACACACCUUCACACAGAACACACCACAUUCACUGAACCCCUCUAUCCUGGAUUUGGGGUUUACUCCUCCUCCUCAGUGACCCUGUGUCAGAUAGAUGACCAACACAUUCAGAGAGACCAUGGUGGAGAGUGUUGUAUCAAGUCUGGACCUGAGAAAUGGAUUCCUCAGAGCUGUAAGACUUGUGACCAUGUUGAGGACUCCACACACUGGCAUCAGAUUGAACCCUUGACUUCCACUGUCCAGGGAGUGACAAUGUUCAGACACAGGACACCCAAAGGGAGUUAUGAGUGCACAGUGUCUGGGCUCCGCUGGCUGUGUGAGAGAGAUGUAAUUCUGAAGUAUCACUUCAGGAACUGGGAACCCUACAGUCAACUUCUGAAAGACAUGCAGUACACACAAGGUGGUCCAUUGCUGGACAUCACUAUGGAGUUAGGUGAACUGGAGGAAGUUCAUCUGCCACACUUUGUCUGUUUAGGGACCAACCCUUCCCUGAGGAAUGAGAUGAAGAUUCUUCAUGUAGAGGAACAUGGAGUGUCUUUAGAGGAAGUGCAUGAUGUCACCAGAUUCCAUGCUAAGAUUCUCCAUCCCAAGUUCUCAGCUAUCUCUGUUAUACUGAGAUUACUGUCUUGGAACAUAGAUGUCCACUGUGAGCUGAUGCUCUAUCUGACAGUGAUAAAGGAAAAACUAAUUCAACGCCUAUACCUGUUUCCCAGUGACCCCGGCCAGAUACAGGCUGUGGAACAACAGGAAAUAAAGUUUCAAGGGUCUAAAAGGAUUCCCAUCACAAGACCAGAGCGGUCCUUCAAACUGAAUAGUUCCUUCAGACUGAACAUUCCCUGUUCAACCUCCAUCACUCCACCGAGGAUUCAUCUCAUACAUAGAGACACCACACCAAGCUUUUUCAAGGUGGAUAUGGAAAUUACAGGGAUUGAGAUGGAGUUAAUCGGUGAUGAUGAGAGGAUAGUAUGGAAAGAAACUCUACAAAAAUAUGAAUUCAUCACUGAAACCCAUUCAACUAGUGCUGUGUUGGGGGCAGGAGGUCCGGCUGAAAGUAGUCUGACUGGUUCUGCAGAGCAGCAGCUGCGUUCUGUACGGACAGAGUUUGUGAAACGAGUAUCAGGACCUGUCCUGGAUGGUCUGCUGGACAGACUCCUGCAACACACAGUCAUCAACCAGGAGGAAAUGGAGUCAGUGAAGGUGAUAGCUGAGAGGGCAGAGAAGGCACGUGACAUCAUCGACAUGGUGUUGAGAAAAGGAACUGAGUCAAGUUACAGGAUGAUCAACUUAUUUGGGGAACUGGACGCCUAUCUUUGUUCACAGCUUCAGAUCAACAGUGUUGGGGUACCAACAUAAUGGUAGAAUGGGGACAGUAUCAGUGUUGGGGUACCAACCCAAUGGAUAGUAACAGUGUUGGGGUACCAACCUAAUGGUAGAAUGGAUAGUAACAGUG